GCCGCCUCCCGGCCCCGCUGUCCGGCGGCCCUCGGCUGCUGCGGGCGGCUCCUCCGGGCCGGGCAGCGCCCCUGCGGCCUCUCUGCUCCGCAGCGCGGGCUCCGCUCUGGCAUCUCUGUCGCUACCUUGUAAUAAUUGGUCUGGAGACUUCCACCAGCUGGGGGAUGGAGGUGCCUCUGGAGUUGGCUUUGUAAUUCAGGAAGAUUUCCUCCCAGCAAGGGUGGCUGAAGGUAUGGAAAAGGCAAUGUGGGUUUUUUCACCAUCUGUGUGUUUUAAUUCAGGCGUUUUUCAGACUGAGCAGUAAAGCUUAAAGUGGAAUUUGCAAGCCAACACAACAGCCUGUAUUAAAGUGAGCAGAUUGCUGGCUGAUUUGAUAUGCUCACCUUAGCUGUAAGGAAGUUUGAGGAAGGAGGGUAUAUCUGCUACUGAAGGAGGAUUUUAAAGGAGGUCUGAUGACAACAAAAGCAACCUUUCCUGUGACAGCAGGAUCUAUAGUUGUCCCUUACGGGCAUGUGAUUGGAAAUGAGAAGUGGAGGGGGUCAGAGCUAGCCCAAAGGCUACAAGGGAAAGUUAGACUCAUCUUUGAAGAUGCCUUGGGACUGGUGGACUUUCAUCUUUCAAACAGAACUUGCGUUUUACUUAUUUCUGAAGCAGAUUUGGUUGCAGGGGAUGAAUUCAAACGAAGAUUGGUUAGGUUUAGAAAUGCCAGCAGUCUUAGGGGAAUUGUAAUUGUAGAGAAAACCCAAAUCAGUGAUCAGUACUACCUAGGAGUACAAAAACUGGUUGUACUUGAACUUGGAAUGGUGUUGCUUCCUGUGGCGAAUCAAGGAGAAGCUUCUCAGCUUAUUAUUCAACUAGUGCGGGAGCAGAGCAGGGAUCGCAGCUCCAGCCCGUUCCUCGGCGGGCAGCGCGCUCCGCUGGCAGAGGCUGCGGGGCUCCGCGCGGUCCAGCGCAUCCCCGGCGUCGGGAAAACAAAAGCUCUGCUUCUACUGCAGCGCUUUGGAAGCAUCCACCGGCUUUGUAACGCAGCCAUCCACGAGCUUGAGCAAGCAGUUGGACAAACAGGAGCGCAACAAAUUUAUACUUUUUUACAUUCCUGACAUGCAUGAGCAGUGGUAUUUUGCAAAAUGAAAUCCUGUUUUUUUUCUUCUUAAUUAUAAAGGUUUGGUUUUAAUAAUCACAUUAUGCUGAUUUCUGUAAUCAUGGCUAGCAGCAACUGGACUCUGAUGCUUCUUUUUUUUACAUCUGCUCUGUUCAUAUAGAUUAAGCUGUGCAAAUUGCCUUGGAAAGAAGUCUGUAUUUUGCAUUUAUCUGGAACAAAUAAAAACCAAGAGAGCUGUCUUUUUCAA